AUGUGCGUCGGUUUCGCGGUCGAUAAGAUUCAAAAUCAGACCAAAAAGAGAUUCAAGAUCGUUUGCAUAGCGAAGAUGCAGAUGAUGUAUAGAUUCGAGAUCAGCGAUGGACAUUCCUGGAGACUAUCGGAAACGACUAUCACCGCUAGCUCAGAAUGUGACCUAGCGAAGCGAAUGAAACCUGUUUACUUGGAAGGCACUCUUCACUGGUUGAGAAACGAUGGGAGCAUCAUAGCUUUUAACCCUGAGACAGAGCAAGCAAGUUUUAUUCCUUCUGUGUUCCAUCAAGAACCAGAGAUGGGACUGUUUUUCGCGUCUGACGAUAAGAUUAAUCGUCUUACUUUGGUAUCAGGAACAAAAGAAGAAAUCUCAGUUUACACACUAAUUGAGACCACCAAGUGGGCCCUCGCAAUGAAUAUCAAGAACGUAUUUAUGGAGCAAUGUGAGCUUGAAUUCUGGAACCUGGUUAUGUAUGAUUGCAAGCGACUUGUGGUGAGGGAGAAGAAGAAGAAUCUUGAAGGUGUGUUUCAUGUGUACAACAUGGAAGCUAACAGUUGGGGAGUCUUGGGGUCAAACUUUUGGUCGAGCAAAAGUGUCAUAGACUUCUAUAAGCUUACACCCUCCUUGUCCUUUGUCGAGGAAGAUGAACUGAAGGAUACUAUACCUUCUUAUGAACCACAAGCCUGUUAUUUAACUGUGGUUAUGACAUCCAUUGACAGUCCUAGUCCUCUGACAUUUGGAGGUCCUUUACAAAAUUUAAAAUUAGAGCCCUAA